AACUAGUUUUAAGAUGUCGAAUUUUGAAUUUUAAUUUGUAGAAUUAGUAUAAUAUGAUGAUAUGAUAGCAACUAAUUAUAUAUAUAAAAUAUCAAAUAUGAUGAGAAUAAUUAAUACAAUUUCUAAAUAAAAUACAUAUUGAAUAUUGAGAAAACCUAUCCAUUCAUUCGCGCAAUACUCGAAUUCGAGAUUUAUCCAUACUAGCUAAAAAUUGUUUCGAUUGAGUCAAAUUUGGGCGAAUAGCCACAGGAAAUAAUUAGUUUUGCCAACCCAUUGGUUUAUGAAGAAAAGUUAUUUAUUUGUAGGAAAAAUAAAAAAACAAACGAGGCGUUUAAAGUAGAAUUUAAAAUCACAGCAUCUGGCAAAACAAGAAAAAAUCACAGCCGUUGAAAAGCGGGCAAUAGUGGGGCUUUUGGUGGUCCCUCUCCCUCAUCGUCAUCGCCAAUUCAGUAGCAUCUUUCUUUUCUAUCUAUCCAUCCAUCUGCCUCUCCGUCCCCUCCUCUGCCUCCGCCCUCCGUCUCUCUGCUCACAAACAACAACAAAGCCCAGCAACAAGACAACCAGCAAACCAACACUUCCCCUUCAAUUAAUUCUCCCAACCCCUCCCUUCAAUUGCCAUCCCUUCCCUCCCCAUUUUCGCCUCUCCUGCCAGCUGCUGAAACACCCAGAAACUCCACGCCAGAUAGAGAGAGAGAGAGGGAAGACGAAACGGCUCAAACAAGUCUAAACCCCCGCCCUCACAACGCCAAACUCUCUCUCUUUCUCAGUCAGGCACACAGGUAGAGCUUGGAGAGCCGAGAAAGGCUGCACCUUGAUGUCCGAUUUCUGAAGGGCUCUGUCCUCGCUCUGUUUCCUCUGUUUCUCUGCUGUUUUUCUUUGUUGGGUUUUUUGUUUUUCCUUGUUUGUGAAUUAUGGAAGAGGAGAAGAAGAUGGUUGAUGUCAUAGAUGGAAGCGGAGGGAUGUCUGCUGCUUUGAAUGGCUUCUCUCCUGCUAUUUCCACCAGGAUCCACUGGAAUUCCAGGAAGAGAUCUGCUGGCGGUGGAAGGAGCUUCAACAAGGUAAUGGACGACAGCACCAUCACUACUCCUCCUCCUUCCAAAACAGAAGAGGAAGAUGAAAAGAUGCAGGAAGCAGCUGAAACCAACGAAACCCCUCAGCAGCUUUCCGAGCGGCGCAGGGCUCUGUUUGAACCCUUGGAACCCACUUUCAACCUCAAUGGGAAGCGGAUGUCUGCUGAAUCACUGCUUCCACCGCCGGAUUUCGAUGCUGCUAGCUACCCGAAAGGAUGGCUGAUCGGCAAGAAGAGGAAGCUUGUGAAUGUGGAUGUGGUUGAGAGCAUGCGCAGGAUUGCUGUACAGGAAAUGAACAGAAAGGACCGGGAGAUCGAUGGGCUUAACGAGCAGUUGGAAGAGGAUUCGCGGGUUCUCGAGCACCUGCAGCUACAGCUUCUCCAGGAGAAGAGUAAAAGGUCUCAGGUGGAGAGGGAGAACACGAUGCUACAUGAACAGGUAAACAUGCUUAUGAACAUGCUGCAAGAGAAUGAGGCAGCCAUGGAUGGGGAUGGAGAACUUGGUGACGAGGAAGAAGUUGGAGCAGGGGAGGAGGGAGAAGGCCCCAAAGGUCAUUGAGUAAGAAGUGACAUAGGUUGUUUUUCGAUGGUUUGUUCGUUUAUUCUUUUCUAGGUUUUGGUGUGGAAGUUUAGGACGAGAAAGUCGUAUCAUAGAUGAAGGAUAUUUGUCAGUAGUCGUGUUAGUGGUGGUGGAUGUAGUUAUACAGACUUAAGUUGGAUAUCAUACAAGUACAUUGGAGGUCUCGUAAUUUUUUAAUAUGUUGAAACUUGAGAAACCCUCUUGGAUAUACAUAUAAGCAUGUUUGUGUACUUUAAUAAUGCAGCAAAAUAUUAGCAGCUAGCUGUAUAUGUAUUGCAUUACAUGUAAUGUAUCAUAGUUAUGCGACUCCUCAAUUGAGACCUCCAAUGAGUUGCUCACGCUUAGAGAUGGCGAUGGGGUUGGGAGGGGUUAUGCCAAAUUCAAAUUCAUGUGUUUAUUAAAAAAAAAAAAACCUGGGAUAAAAUCCACUUGAGUUUGGAAAACUCAAACCCAAUCCGUUGGGUAUCUACGAGUUCACAUACAAAAAUGCAAUUAAACUAGUUUUCACGUGUGAACCGAGCCGGGCCGCCCAUGGGCUAGUAUGGCACGACACAGUUAGAACACGACACGAGCACGAGCACGAAAUAUAUGGGUCAGCCCGGCACGAGCACGAAUAAUUCAUGGGCCGUGUCUGGCCUAAACUUCAUGAGCACGAGCACGGUCUAUAAAUGGCCCGUGCCGGGCCAAACAUUUUCGAGACUAUAUUGAGUAUAAGAACGGAAAUGAAACGAAAAAGAAUAUUUUUUAUAGAAAUAAAUAUAAAAAAGAAUUAUAGGUUCAAAUAUUACUAUAUGCAUAAUUACUACCAUUAGUAAAAACGGACGAAGAAUUAAACAAAGUCGAAUCAUACCACGUUAUACUUUCAAUUUUCUUUUUCUGUCCUUAUUUGUUACAUUCUUAAAUAUCCUUUGUUAAUACUUACAUUCUUCGUCCAAUUUUCUCAUUUUUUUCAUUGUCUCUUUCAUUUUCUUCUUUUUCAUUAAGCACGAUUAUAAGUGCGGCACAAGCACGAAUAGGCACGGCGUGAUUUAAACUGUGCUCAGCCCAGGUCAGGCCGAACAAAAGUAACAAAUGGGCUGGCACGGCACGACACGAAAACUGACUGGUCGUGCCAAGCAUAUUUAUUAUUGAGCACUUCUACUAUGCUAUAUAGUAUUGGUGCUUUAAUGUACAACUUAAAUUUGUACCAUAACAUUAAAUGUAUAAGUUUAGGUUGUACCAUAAAGCAAUUUGUACCAUUAUGUUAUGGUACAAUUUUACAACUUGAAGUUGUACCAUCACAUAAAGGUACAAGUCCAAGUUGUACCAUAAAAGAAUUUGUACAAAAAGUAUAGGUACAAUCUAAAGUUGUACCAUAACGUAAAUGUACAAUUUUAAGUUGUACCAUAAAGUUAAAAUCCUAUAGCACCAAUACUAUAUAGCAUUGUAAAAUUUCUCAUUUAUUAUUACAUUCUAAACUUUUCAAAAUUUACAUUUUCAAGAUUUAGAUGUUUGCUUUGUAAAGUUUAGAUUCAUUUAUAAUAUAUAUUUUCGUUAAUGCUUUCUAGGACAUUUAGGCCAAUAUAUAUGAGCAUGAUGAACAUUGCGAUUUUUUGUUCAUUUAAAAGAAAAAAAAUAUCUAUCGACAUGCUCUCAAGAUUUCAAUCAGCAACAUGGUAUCAUAGUUCUUUAAAAAAAAAAAAAACAUGGUAUCAUAGGAAAUUUUUUGUUGCACGUGAUCAAUUCUUCUUCCGUUUGUGUUUGCUCUGUUUCCAAUUAGUUUUUGACUGUAAGUUUUCCUCUGUCUCAAGUCAUAUCCUUUGAUAACCUUAGUGAUAGUAAGGUGCUUAAACAUUUUAGGGGUUGUUUGGAGGAUGGGUUUCUCCAAAUUAAAAUAUUUAAUUAAUUUGUCUAUUGCAAUUUGUUAUAUCAAUGAAAUGUAUGAAUUUGA